CCCGAGGCGGACCGAUAAGCAAAUCAUUUUCGUUCGAGCUUUUGCAUUUUGACCUUAUUUUUAUUUAUUUCUGGCCCUCGAGAAGAGAGCAAAUUUCAAAAUAGUCCCUCCGAACGUGGAAUCUGGUCAGCAAACCCAAAGUUUUCGAUAAAUCCGCUGUUCCUUAUCCGCUUCCCACGUGUCCUCCGCUUAUCAAAAGCCGCGGCGAAUCUCCGCAACCUCCAAACCACCGCCACCCUCCUCCUCCUCCUCCUUCUUCAACCACCACUUCCAUGGCCGCUCCGUCUCUGUACCUUCUGCUCCUCUGCUCCCUCGCGUGCCUGGUCCCCUCCUCGCGCUCCCGCACCCUCUUCCUCCCCUUGGCCAAGGACCCUUCCACGCUCCGGUACGUGGCCACCGUCUACCACGGCCCUUCCCUCGACCCGGUCGACCGCGCCGUGGAUCUCGGCGGCCCAUCUCUCUGGCUCGACUGCUCCGCCUCCUCCUCCCCGUCCGCCGUCCGUCCAGUCCCCUGCCGUUCGAUCCAGUGCCUGGCAGCGACGUCCGACGCUUCCGGGCUCCGCCGCGCGUGCGCGAGCGGGGCCUCCGCCGUCUGCGGCGUCCGGCCAGAGAGCGGCGCGGCCGGCGAGGCCGCGGCGCGCGGGGGGGUGCUCGCGGAGGUAGCCGUGGCGGUCGAUUCCGUGGACGGGUCCGGGGAGAGAUCGGUCGCGGCCGUCGACCGGUUCCUGAUAUCCUGCGCGCGCGGGCCGCCGGGAUAUGGAGCGACCGGCGUCAGGGGGACGUUGGGCUUGGGACGGAGUCGGAUUUCGCUGCCGUCGCAGGUGGCGACGGCGUUCGGCGUCCGCCGGAGGUUCUUCGCGUGCCUAUCGGCGUCGGAGGGCGUCAUCGUCGCCGGCGACGGGCCGUUCUUCCCCCGCGUCGACGGCGACAUCUCCAGAUCCCUGACCUACACGCCCCUCGCGACCGCCAAGUCGGCGCGGUCCUCGGACUACCUCAUCAACCUCACCUCCAUCAAGAUCGACGGCAAGCGGCUCUCCCUCGACUCCUCGUCGCCGCCGCACUCGAUCAAGCUCAGCACCGCGAUCCCGUACACCGCCGUGGCGAGCCCGAUCUACCCCGCCUUCGGCGAGGCCUUCGCGGGAGCGGCCUCGGCCAUGGGGAUGGCCAGGGUCCCGCCGGUGGCGCCGUUCGGGGUGUGCUUCGACCCGAGGACCGUCGCCGCGACGGGGGCCGGGCCCGACGUCCCGGCGAUCGAUCUGGUGCUGCAGAGCGAGAUGGUGAGGUGGAGGAUCGGCGGGUCGAACUCGAUGGUGAGGGCGAGCGACGAGGCGACGUGCUUGGGGGUCGUGGACGGCGGCGACGGGCUGGGGAGCACGGUGGUGCUGGGAGGGCACCAGCUGGAGGACGUGCUGCUGGAGUUCGAUUUCGGGGGCUCGAGGCUGGGGUUCGGCCCGCCGCUGUCGGCGAGGCGAUUGGCCUGUUCCGACCUGAGGUCGGAGUUCAAUUCCAUGGCGUUUCCGUCGCUAUAGAUGCAAUCCUUUCAAGAUGAAUUUGGGGUGUACAGAAGUUCUGAUUGAAAGAAGCCAAAGGGACAAGGAACCAAAAUUAGAAAUAGUACUGGAACUACCAUAGCUUUAGUUCUUACUGUUGAGCCAGAAUUGUAUAUAGGAGUAGCGACAUGGCAAGUAUAUGUAUUUUUGUCGGUUUUGAGAUCGGGUAUGCGUAUAUCUUUUUAUUCAAUCGAGUACCUCAAUUUUCUAAGUUUAGAUCGGUCCGAGGUCGUUGGUAAGAUCGUGAAUGGCAAUGCCAAUUUGAUCGCUAACACCAUUAAAUAACUAUUGACUAUUCGUGUUUCGCA